CGUAGCCAUAGAACUCUUUAAAAAAAUCAGUGUGGAAAAGAUCGAGCCUCUAAGUAAGUAAAAAAACAUAAGAAAGAUACACAUACAGUAAUUUGGAGGAGAAGGAUGAUCUUGCGUCAAUAUUUUGACGACUUCGUGUCCGGAGAGCACGGCUCCGACACAGUGUCCUCCUUCGCUGCCGACAACAGAUACAAGGCACCUACACCUCCAGUUGCACUGAAAAAACAAGGUGUAGUGCAUGCACUUUCGGUGGGAAAUACCCCUUCAGCGUCCUCGUCAUCGAGUUCGUCUGCGCCCAGGCUUCCGCAGCCGAUAACACACAUCAAUUUGCGUGGAGGAAGAACACCUUUUCAACCACAUGUCUGCUUUGUCGAA